UUGACAUUCCUAAGUCUGAGCUUCAAAACAAUAGCAGUGACACAGAAAAUCACAACUUUUGAAGAAUCUGAAACGUACUAAAUGAAAGGAUCUUGACUUAAUUUAUAUUUAGUGUGUUUGUUGAUCAGGGGUGAAUAAAGUGCAGCUUUCCAGUCAUUUAAACCCUAGUAACGGAUUGCCUGUCCACAUCAUCGCAGUACCAUUGCAGUGUCACCCUCAAGCGCUGAGAGAAGCAAACCCACUAUAUGCUCAGCUGCUAAUCACAGGAUUAUUCUGUUUAACUAAGACUAUUAAGUGUUCCACUUUCAAAUGGCGUCUCCCACGGGCAGACCUUGGAGAGGAUGAUCCCUCUGCCGCAGGGAUCACACAGACAGUCGAAUGCACCACGAGCGACCCAGGGGAAGGGCUGAGAAAAUGCUUUUGUACGGCAACAGGAUGUCACGGUAGUCUACGCUCGGGACACAGACGAAGAAAGAAGGAUGAACAGCAGAAAGAAGACCUCAUCUGGCUCCUUAUGCAGCACAUAAAUUCAAUCAGUUCUGGACCCAGCAGCUAGAACCUGUCUGUGAUGAUUCAGCCCCUCACCUUCAAACGUCCUGCAGAGCGGUGAAAUAAUUUCACCGACUUAAAGUUGUGCUCUCAGCUCMGAGGAGAGAGCGUUUACCAGGUGAAGCUGAACACUGCUCUCAUUAGUCACACACGCAGCCACCUGCCACUCACCAGAGACCGACGACGCCGGAGCGCUGAAACUUUCCACAGCUAUUUCUGCGCACGUUCAGAAGAGACACUUGAGGAAUGGCUCAGGCUCCGUGACCGCUGGUAAGCUCGGAGGAACAUGCUGCUGCUCCGGGGACGAUAAGAGGAGUAAUCCUGACUGAAUUUCAGCCCUGGGAACUUUCCAGCGCUUCGAUCAUGGCCAGCGUGGCAGUCCAGCUCCUUGGCUUCUUCCUAGGACUUUUGGGCUUUGCAGGAACCAUUGUCGCAACUUUGCUCCCCCACUGGCGCAGCACAGUCUACAUGGGGUCCAACAUCAUAACAGCCACCGCCUACAUGAAAGGCCUGUGGAUGGAGUGCGCCUGGCACAGCACGGGCGUUUACCAGUGUGAGCUGUACCGAUCUCUGCUGGCGUUGCCCCCCGACCUGCAGGCUGCUCGGGCUCUCAUGGUGCUCUCCUGCAUCUCCUCCGUCUUGGCAUCUCUGGUGGCUGUAAUGGGGAUGAAGUGCACCCACUUUGCUCAACGUUCAGUGGUCAAAUCCCCUCUGGUCCUCAGUGGCGGGGUCGGUUUCCUCUGCGCCGGCCUCCUCUGCCUCGUCACCGUUUCCUGGACCACCAACGACGUGAUCAUGGAUUUUUACGAUCCCUUUCUUCUCAGCGGGAUGAAGUACGAGAUCGGCUUGGCUGUGUAUCUCGGCUACGCCUCGUCCUUUCUCAGUGUGACCGGUGGGCUGGUGCUGUGCUGGAGCAGCAGAGAAAGGUCGCAGGGUCGCCUCCGUGCGCAGACACAUCAACCUUCAGCUCCUCUACCUCCCUUCAACAACCUAAACCCCCCUGCUCCUCUCUACAGGCCCCCUGAGGCCCUGAAGGACAAUCAUGCACCCUCUCUUUGCUCCCUUUCUAGCAGUGGAUAUCGGCUUAAUAACUAUGUCUGAAAACAUGGAGAUAAUAACUCAUGUCUUUAAAAAAACACCAUGUCAAACCAAAAGAAGAACACCUAAUUUUUCUGCUUAAAGACCUCGUUUUGAAUUGAAAGCAAAACUGAAUUAUUGAGCUUUCAACUGGAACGCUUGUUCCGUUGUGAUGCAUUAAAUUGGCCAGUAGGUGGCAGCAUGUUACAGAAAGCAGGAUACAAACCGGACUGUUGGUCAGAUUCCAGUUUCUGCAGCACUGAAUACGUCACGUCCUCUUACUUUCUUCUUGUGGCCUUUUAGUCAAAACUAAAAUAGUCACAGUCAUUUUAUCCAUUUCCUUUACAUUUAAAUUAAAUAAACAUCAAUUAGUGAAGAUUAACAUAUUCUCCUUGUGGUAAAAAAAAUGUUUCCAGAUUUUUAUUUAUUUAUUUAUUUAUUUAUUUUCACAUUUUCAAAGCUAAAGUUUGGCACAAGUCCUGUAGAGUUAGACAGCAAGCUAAACUUUUUAGGUCGUGCAAAACGCCGUCAUUUUCACAGAUUUUAGUCCUGCUUAACACUAACAGGGUCUUUUGUUUUCUCACAAGUAAAUGUUCAUCCAUCAAUUUAGUUUUUGAACAUUUGCUCUUUCUUUAUCUUCAGCAAAUAUGAAAUAAAACUAUAUUAACAGUUAUAGUUCUACUGAGACUUUAAAUAUAAAGUCAUCUGGAAGAAAUGGAGACUGCAUCUUGUGACAUGAUGGCUUUCCUUUGUUCUUUAAAAUGCUUGAAAAAGGGAUUGAAACGCAAUACUUACUGGACUUAAUUUUGCAGCACAAAUCCACAACACUUGUCAUCUAAAUGCACUUUAUAAAUCAAAAAGUCAUUUCAAAGUAAUCAUGCAGACAGAUUCGAAGUAAAGUAGAAGCAUUUCAAACUGAUUGAAUAUUGUUUGCAAAAGUUAGGUUUUCUGUCAUUACAAGAAAAUAACUUAUGAGGAUGUUCUUAAAUGUUAUUACCAUUUUGUUUCCUGAAGACUUUUUAAUUUUCCUAACAUCCCUUCUGAUGUUUGCAGGAACCACUAGGUGGCAAUAAAGAUCUAGAGAGAGA